GAACUGAAAUAUUAAAUUCAGUACAGCAAGAAACUUUCCAGUGAUAGGACGCUAGUAGAUUCUCGUAAAGUGAUUUAAUGGGUAGAGCUUAUUUCAACCUUUGAGUGGUUAGCUAUUUAAUAUAUUCAAGUAAAAUGUUGCGAUUGUUCGCACUACUGAGCUGUCUUGCUACGGCAGUCCUCGCCACCAACCCGCCCAAAUGGCCCGACGUGUACUCUGUCAGUGGUGUGCUAAACAUUCCGUAUGCCGAAAUCAACGAACCAUUUUUCGCUUGGUAUGACAACCAAAACGGCCGCUCGCGUAUCGAUUAUUACGGUGGCAUGGUUAAGACCUAUCAACUGACAAAGCAGGGUGAUUACGGUACCAGCUUGAAGGUCGCCCCGGUUAGCACACGGCAAGCGCAGAAUAAAGAAACGUGCUUGCAGGUCAACGGCACUACUGAUAUGGCUAUCUCGGUACAAAGCAUACUGCCUUUUGUGAAAAACUUCAAACUGGCAGGAACUGAAUCCAAAAACGGAUUUAAGUGUGAUCUAUUCACGUUAGUCGAGGAGGUUGGUCAGAAACGGAACGUCUACAACUUGUGGGUACGAUACGUUAAGUCGCCAAAGUUUCCAUCGUCCCGUAUGCCGAUUCCCGUCCGCUAUGAGAUGAAGGGUUACAAUACGUUGCUUGGUUCGCAUUAUGAUCACUACUAUUUGGAUUAUGAUUCCUAUGAUCAUCAAGAUAUUCCUUCUGAUGUGUUCGAAGUUCAAACUGCUGAACCCUGCGUAGGCUUUCCCGGACCAGGCACUGGACACUAUGCCACUUUCAACCCGAUGCAAGAGUUUAUACAUCCCCGCUCCGAAGUCCACUUAGAUGAUGAAUUCAAGCGCUUCAAGGGCAAGCAUGGCAAAGCCUAUCGCAGUGAAGAAGAACACGAUAGGCGUCGGGAUAUCUUCCGACAGAACCUCCGUUUCAUUCACUCGCUCAAUCGUGCCAACAGAGGAUUUUCCGUGGCUGUCAAUCACUUAGCAGAUCGCACCGAAGAGGAACUGAAGGCUCUGCGCGGAUUCAGAUCAUCGAAUGGAUACAAUGGAGGGCAACCUUUUCCUUACGAUAAGAAUGAUUUCCUUGAUGACCUGCCGGAAAGUCUUGACUGGCGCAUCUCUGGAGCCGUAACUCCAGUGAAAGAUCAAUCCGUUUGCGGGUCCUGCUGGUCUUUUGGCACUGCCGGCCACAUUGAAUCCGCUUAUUUUCUGAAAACUAACCGGUUGAUGCGGUUCUCCCAGCAGGCGUUGAUCGAUUGUUCCUGGGGCUAUGGUAACAAUGGUUGCGAUGGCGGAGAAGAUUUCCGUGCCUACCAGUGGAUGAUGGAGGUCGGUGGCAUACCUUCUGAAGAAGAAUACGGAGGAUAUUUGGGACAAGAUGGAUACUGCCACGUGGAUAAUACAUCUUUGUACGCUCCUAUUACUGGAUGGAUAAACGUAACCUCUGGCGAUGUUAACGCCAUGAAAGUAGCCCUUUUCAAACAUGGUCCGCUUUCUAUCGCUAUAGACGCCGGUCACAAAUCCUUCAGUUACUAUGCGAACGGUGUGUACUACGAACCUGAGUGCAAGAAUAAGCUAGAUGAACUGGAUCAUGCUGUGCUGGCAGUAGGCUAUGGGAAACUAAACGGAGAGGAUUACUGGUUAAUCAAGAACUCCUGGUCGAACUUUUGGGGAAAUGAUGGAUAUGCAUUGAUGGCUGCAAAGGACAAUAACUGUGGCAUCACAACCGACGCCACGUACGUGCUAAUGUAGAAAAAACUAUAGAUCGUUUUUUUAGUGUACCACUUGAGCCUUUUUCGAUACAUUUUUCAUCUAGCGAAUAAAACAAAGAGAUUUGCAUAAAAAAAUUCAA